CUGAGAGCUGGGCUGAUAUGCAGGAGCCGCUGCUUGAGGGGAUGUGCUUCACACUCAAGUAUCUAGGCAUGACGCUGGUAGAAAAACCCAAAGGAGAAGACAUGGCUGCUGCUGCCAUCCGCAGGAUCGUGGCCACGGCACGGGUGGGAGCUCGCAAGUUCCAGAAGGUGAUUCUGACAGUGUCUCCAAGAGGCAUCUCGCUGCAGGAUGCAGACACGAAGGAGAUGGUUGAAAACAUCUCCAUCUACAGGAUCUCCUACUGCACAACAGACAAGCUGCAGAACAAAGUCUUCGCUUAUGUUGCCCAGAGCCAGGAGAGUGGAGCACUGGAGUGCCAUGCCUUCCUCUCACCCAAGAAGAAGAUUGCCCAGGCUGUGACACUGACUGUGGCCCAGGCCUUCCAGAUGGCACUGGAUCUCUGGGAAGCAGCACAUGCAGGCUCUAGGCAGGAACAGCCCCUUCACCCUUCAUGUGUCUUGGAGAGCAGUGAGCCCGGCAGACCAAGAGGAGGAAGAGGAGGAGGAAGAUGAUAACAUCAGUGAAACCUUAUCUGGCAGGCCUUGCUUGGGAUAUGAUGGGUGCUCUGCUCUCUUCCAAAGCAGCAUGGAGGAGCUGGGGAGGGGAGCCCACAGCCCAGCAG